AUGGACCCCUCCACGAUGCAGCUCAUUCAAACCCUGUCCGCCGAGGCCAAUUCGUCUCUGUCUGGGUUCCAGUCAUCUGCCAGCGAAUCCGCCCGAAUUGACGCCUUGGAGAAGGUGCUGAAACUCGCCAGAGCGUUGGAAAAACCUCGCGAUGCCAUCCUCAAGCUCGGCUUUUCCCCCACGUAUCUCAUGGCUGUCAAGGUCGCCAUCGACUUGAAAAUAUUCAGUAUCUUGGCCAAUGCCACUUUGCCAGUCGGUCUCGAUGAAUUGGCCGCUGCAAAGCCUGCCGAUCCUCUCUUGGUGGAACGGAUAAUGCGACUCCUGUGCCAGAAUGGCUUUGCGCAGGAAUCUGCUCCGUGUGAAUACAUCGCAACCGCAAUUUCCAAAGAAAUGACCCAGAGAACCUCGAUUGGCGUCAUUGAAUCUCUAUUCCUGGAACUCCUUCCUGCCAUCCAAAAAACCCCCGAGUACCUCGAGCUCCUCAAAUACCAAAACCCCUCCGAUCCCAACUUCGCUCCUCUCCAAUACGCGCAUAACUUCCGAAUCGACAGCUUCCAAUGGCUGUGCCAGAACCCCGAGAUAAUGGCCAGAUUCAACACCUUUAUGGAGGGCCAGCGGGCAGGCCGUGCCCACUGGGGCGAUUGGUAUCCGGUUCGGGAGCGCAUCCUCAACGCGGACUUUAAACCCGAUCAGGCCUUGCUGGUCGAUAUCGGCGGUGGACGAGGUCAUGAUAUUUUGGAAUUCAAAAAGAGAUUCCCAGAUGUGUCCGCGAAAUACGUUCUGGCGGAACUUCCUGGCGUUCUGGAAGAUGCAGAAGAACUCGAUGCGGAUAUCCAGAAAUUGCCAUACGACUUUUGGACGACCGAGCAGCCUAUCAAGGGUGCCCGUGUUUACUACUUCAAGAUGGUCUUCCACGACUGGGCCGACGAAAAGGCCCGGAUCAUCCUGAACAACAUCAAAGCCUCCAUGGAGAAGGGAUACUCCAAGAUUGUGGUGGAAGAGUAUAUCGUGGCGGACAUGAAUGCCGGAGCCAUCCACGGCAUCACUGAUAUCGGCGUCAUGGUGUUUUGCUCGGGACUCGAGCGAACACGCCAGCGAUGGGCUUCGCUGUUCGAGUCGGUGGGAUUGCAGACAACAUUCUGGGCUCGCGAAGGCGAUGGACUGGGAAUUAUUGAAGCGGAACUGCCAAAUUAA